UUCGUUCAAAUACUCAGCUGAGGAGUACAAAUGAAUUUAGUAAAAUUUUGUACUUGAUUAAACACGGUUAUAAGCACAGUAGAAAGACAUCCUUAUCAGCGUUUUUGAUUACCACAUUCACUUUCGUGACGAAAAGAGCUAAAUAAGUUUGUGCUUAAAUUUAAAGCCUAAUAAAAAGAAAAUUUUCCCCACAAUUUUAUUUGUGAACUCAACAUUUGUUAAGCUAGUGCAAUUCAGUGAUUCCGCUAUCCUCGUACCUCUCGUUGAAAACACUAGCCGAACCCAUUUUGCGGAAAAUCGAAACCACCUAUCAGAACAUCAGCAAAGGGAGUACGCAGGUCAUUCAAGUGUUGUAAUGCUAUUCGAAGUAAUAUCUAGAAUAUUUGACACAAAGUUCAUGAACUAAGCUAAGAAACGUCGACAUAAACGUUAAAUAGAAGCUAAUAUUUAUUUGUUUUGUGAGUUUGUGACAAGAUGCACUGGUAUGAGUGCAGUUAAAGCUGAAAAGCAAACAAAACCAAGAAACCACAACAUUUUAACCAACUUUAGCGAUUUUAGUUUUUGGAACAUGUGUGUUGAUUAGAUAUUCAUAUACAAAAAACAGUUAGGAAACUGUGUUAAAUAUAUGAAAGAAGAAGCAGUAAAAUUGACAUUAACUCAGGAAGUAAAAGCGUGCGAAUGACAUUUCUGCUGGUCGGCUAAAAUACCAGGGAGAGCACACAAAAUCUUUGUUUGCAAAAGAGCGCAAGUGUUUACAAACUAUCAGUGAGAGAAGUAUUCAUGCAUUUAUAUUUAAAUGAAAAUUUAAAAACGAGAACAACCCCAAAAGGCUAGAAUAUAUCCCAUUCAUAUAUUUCGAAAAAUCCCUUAGUGGAAAACGUGCAUUUUCAAAGCUACAACCCAGUCGUCGAAUUUAAGCUGCGGAAAACAGUCAAACAAAAUCUGAAAUUUGUGAAGUUGAUCACUACGAAUACAUAACUGCAGUGCAAAGAACCGGACGUCAUCAGCCACCAAUUUGCUUAUCGGCGCUUAUUAGUUAGCUCUAAGGGCUUCGUCAACAAUAUAUUCGCAAUUUAUUUUGUUAUUUUGUAGAAUAAAACCAAUUUACAACGAUGAACCCGACGCAACGAGAUUGCCAGUUCAUUUGACACACGCCAAAUAGAUGUGGUGAAAAAAGAAAAAUAACAAAUACAACGAAGUGAAAAAGGCGCAGUUGAAUUGCAAAAGCCAAUAUAAAUAUAAAUAAAAAUAAACUUUAUACACUUAUUAGAUAAACCAAUACUGCUGUAAAACAGUCGCGAAGAAAAUUUUUUUUACUUUUUUUAUUUUAUUUUUUGCUUUGAUUUCGUUUUUACUAAAACAAAAUAAUGCAAUAAUCUUACAAAAUCUAUAAAAAAAAAACCUAAACUGUAAACCACAUUGAGCCGUUUUUGGUGGAUUAGACGGGUAUAUACUUUUAAUUGGUCAAUACUCUCAGCCAAGGGAAAUCUACCUGCCGCAUGUGGAUUCUAUCGGUGCUUGUGAUUCUGCCAAAGACGUUGUUGAUGCGGACGACGCCGCAUUGCAAAAGUGCAACCAAAUUCAAAGCGAAGCUCGUCAGACACCAAUUGUCAGCAGAAAUAGUUGCUGCAAUAACGCCAACAAAAACAACAUGUGUAGCAGUUUUAGCGCCCAGCAGCAGCAGCAACAACAAUAGCAGUAGCAACAGCAGUGUAGCAGAAACAACUGUAGCCUUAAACCCAAAGCAAUAUUUUAGCCAAUUAAUAGUCGAGUGUUUGCCCAUCGCAUUUUUAGUAUUCACAUCGUUGUCGCCAUCGACGGUGUCUUUGUUCGAUCUUGUACUUAUUUUCAUUGUAUCGCUUAUUAAUUUACGCAUCCAACAUUUCCUCCACAACGCGGUUAAAUCGAAGUUAGUAUUCUUGAUGAAUGACAUUCGCAUAAAAUCAGUUUAUAAGCCAACUACAACAACAACAGUAACAGUAGCAACUGACAGUGGAACAGAAUUAACUGUAAUAUUAUCAAAAAUAUUAAAAGCUAUUAGAACAGUGUUAGAAAAGAAUAAUAAAAACAACAAUAGCAGCGACAGCAAUAAUAUAUUAAAAUCUAUAGUCGAGCAAAAAACAGCGUUAACCAAUCAAAGCCCACGCAUCAGUGAAGCUAUCCCCGAAGACCCCCUUUAUUCAAUAUUGCCAUCAGUAAAUAACAAAAACAACAUCACGGUGGCCGCCUUUGUACAAUUACGGCUAUUUAAUAAUAAUUCUUUUUCGUCGAACAAUCAUCGCACUUACAAUAACGGCAGUAAAUCGAAUAAAGUAUUUCUACACUAUACACCACGUGAUCCGCGUUUAAGAAACGUCAGUGAAAAUCAAGAGAUUUUGAUUAAUAAACACCAUUUCGAUAGUGUUAGUGAAUUGAAAAUAACUGAAGAUUUAUGCGCUUAUGGCGAAGUCAUUGGAGGUACCUCCACAAUAAUAACAACAACAACAAUACAAUACAACAUUGUUAGUGCUUAUUUACCAAUAUACUGUGAUUGUAAUAAAAUUAUUAAUUGUUGUAAAUAUACGUGUAAUAUUAAUAAGAAUAAUAAUAGCAAAUUUGAAAGUGAAAGUGCGCGUGCGAGUAACAACUUAAUUAUUAGUGAUCCUUCACGUAGUAAAACUAUUUCGCCUGUCAACUCUCACAAACUAAUAUAUAAGGAAAUACAAAAGCAAACACACAACCCGAUCGCAGAGUCCUCCAAAGUGGAAAAUAAGUUCUUGAGGAACUUUCAGCUUGGACCCCAAAAAUUUAACUCAUUGAACUGUACAGUUGGUAUUCUGAUGUGAGUAUAAGGUCGAACAUAUCGUGCAAUCACACACAAGCGAGUUGCGCCGCCAUCGCUGUAUUUUUCAUCACAUCCACUGUUACAGUGAAUUCCGUGGUGUGACAUUUAAACCGGAGUUGAAACUCUCAAAUACAUACCGCUAUAAAAAGAACUCUAUAAAGCAGGUUAUUUGUCGUGAAUUAGAACUGCAGAACGUCGAACUGGUAAGAAGCUGGCCUUAUCGGAGAACAAGUUAAAUUUUAAGAAUAAAAAUAUAUACAAAACCAUAGGCAAAUAUAAGACCAAGUACAAUAACAAAAAUUGCUGAAAACCACUGUGUUCAAGACGAAAUCAGACGUGCACAAAAAAAAACUUAAUUGGAAAAAAUUUAGUGAAAAAAUAGUAAUAGCCAUCGUCUGAUAUCACAUAAGGCACUUUCGUACGUUUUUAUAUCAUUCUUCACACAGUAAAAUAACCCAAAAUUCAUCUUUUAUCCUGUUCAAAAUAGUUCAUAAAACCUAAAAAAUGGUUGCGAAUCAAACGAAUGCUAAAAGUAAACCGGAUAGUGUAGUCUAUCAGACCCUAUCCACUCCGACAGACGUACAAUCAAUCGUGGCAUCAAUAACUCCUACGCCUACACCCACAACCACACCACUAAACAAAUCGAUUAAACAUGAUUUCUUUCCCGAAGUAAAGUUCUGUGAUCUAUCGGCAAGCGAAUUACAUGAUGGUGACGGUGAUUACGCUGCCAAUGAACGUCUUCUAAAACAUUGCCUCAUCACCGUGAAUGACGAUAAUGUUGGUCUAACCACGACAACAACAACCACCUUUUUGGUGAUGGAGGAUAGUGAUGUGAAAAAACGUAAGCGUCUUAUAUCAAACGAAUCGGGCGAUUCAAUUGAUUCAAGUUCAACAGAUAAAAAGAAGCCAGAGAUACCAGAUGGAGGUUACGGUUGGGUCGUGGUUUUAGCCUCUCUCGUUGUUUCGCUAAUUGCUGAUGGCUUGUCCUUUUCUUUUGGGCUUAUCAAUUCUGAACUGUUGCAUUACUUUGGAGAGUCACCUUCGAAAACGGCUUGGAUCAGUUCGUUGUUCUUUUCGGUACCACUCUUAAUGGGUCCGAUCUGGUCGAAUCUGGUUGAUAAUUACGGCUGUCGGAAAAUGACCAUAUUUGGAGGUUUGCUAUCAGCAAUCGGAUUUGGUCUCUCCUCACUCUGUAACUCUGUGGAAAUGUUGAUGCUGACCUUUGGUAUCAUUUCUGGUUUGGGACUGGGUAUUGGUUAUGUAACAGCAGUUGUAUCAAUCGCUUUUUGGUUCGAUAAGAAACGAACUUUCGCUACUGGUAUUGGCGCUUCUGGAACUGGAAUUGGCACCUUUUUGUACGCACCUCUGACUCAAUGGCUAAUUGAUACCUAUGGGUGGCGCGGAGCCACACUCAUUCUCGCGGGCACUAUGCUGAAUACUUGCGUUUGCGGCGCGUUGAUGCGUGAUCCGGAUUGGUUAAUAGAAGAAAAUCGUCUCGAAAGCCGUUCACAAAGUAUGACCACAUUUUCGAAUUCCAGCGUUUGUCUCGAAGAAAUCAAAAAGCUCUUAGAUACUGGCAUAACAAAGGAGGCGGUGCUUGACACGUUGGUAACAAAAAAUAACACCGAGGCCAAUCAACAAAUUAAUGAUCCACACGAGUUCGUAAUGAAACGCUAUCGAAGCGAAAUCUUCUUACCGACAUUUUUAGGUUCUCAAGAUUUGGAAUGCGUUUACGAAAUCAAGAGCCUCAGUAGGCGAUCAUUGAGAAAUAAAGAAGGAAUGGAAGCGCCUUCACGAGAAAACCUAUUAUCAAUGUCUUCAGCUGGGCCCAAUCCAACAGCAGCCAUUAUUGGAUCACCCGAUGACACAAUGAUGGGCGGCAUUGGUGAAACCGCCGCUGAAGAUGCGAGAAAGAGUUUCUUGGCCUCGAUAGAAACACUCUCGCCCUCUGAAAAAAGCUCUAUUGGUCGCGCUACACCAUCGGGUACAUCGUUCUCUUCGCAACAAGCUUUAGAUGGGGUAAAUUCUAAAGCCCAACCACGCGAGUUCCAACGUAACUCCCCUAACGAUGGCAAUAUGGCCAACUCACGUUACUCCUUGAAUGAAAAUUUUUUCAGUGCUAAAAAUGCAACUACAUCUUUUGUGGACCUUAAGCCUAACGGCCUGAGACACAAUUCUGUCGAUAUAUUGAGCGAUGAGACUUAUUAUAUGUCAAUUAAAAAGAGUACUACAGAACUUGUAAGUGGUAAUUUAAGAAAACUACACAAAGAUGCGUCAAUAAUAGGAAUACCGGAAAAUGAUGCUGCCAACUGCAUUAAGCCAACGAAGCGUGCACGCACCGAUAGCAUUAGCGGCAUGCGUCGGCUAUCCAAGUCAAAGAAACCGUUAGUUCGGCCAAGCUUGCGGUAUAAUACCUCCUUACGAAAUUCAAACUUCCUCAAGAACAUGCGUAUACAUCGCAACUCCAUACAUUAUCGUGGCGCCAUGUUAAAUACACAUCGCUACCGAUUGCGUGCAUCAUCGUGUCCGAACAUAUACCGAAACUCGAUGACAACGAUCGCGAAAGAAGAAGAAGACACCUGGUACGAGAGUAUGAUCGACACAAUGAAGACAGUAUUUGAUUUUUCAUUGUUCGCGGACAUGAAAUUUACUCUAUUCAAUUUAUCCACAUUAUUUCUAUUUAUUUGGUUCAUUAUUCCCUACCUUUAUCUGCCGGAGCAUAUGAAGCUUCAUGGCUAUGUAACGACGGACAGCGCACAAAUGAUUUCGGCCAUUGGAAUCGCUCAAACAAUCGGCAUGAUCGGUCUGGGUUAUGUGGGCGAUCGCUCGUGGAUGAAUGUGAAUGUCUGCUAUUCGGCGUGUAUGGUGGUUUGUGGCAUAUCGGUGCUUCUAAUGCCGAUUGUUGUGAGCAGUUAUAUUGGACUGCUGUUGGUGUGCAUCAUCUUUGGAUUCACUUUCGCUAGCUCAUUUUCAUUUACACCUAGCAUUUUGGUCAGUAUUGUCGAUUUAGAUGAUUUUACGUGUGCCUAUGGGCUGGUGCUCCUGGUACAGGGUGUUGGUAUGAUUGCAGGGCCCCCAAUUGCAGGCGCUAUUUAUGAAAUGACGCUAAGAUGGGAUAACGCAUUCUACUUUGCCGGUGUAUUUGUUGCCUUAUCUGGUGUGGCCUCCUAUUUGAUAGAAUUUUGUGAGAAGCGAGAAAAAGGCAGCGACAGCGAUGUCUCCGAAACUAAGAAAACUAAUUUAAUACAUUAAAUUUCGAAUCCAUGAUAGAGAAUGGGGAUGCAUGAAAUUUCAUUAAGAGUUCAUAGCAGCAAAGUCUUCUGUGUUACAUGUACAACAUAUGAGUGUAACUAUGUUUGUACAAUAGUAUACCAUACAUUAUAAUAUUUGUAUGUAUUGUAUGUAUGUAUGUAUAUAUUUAUUAAAUUUGAACUGAACUAUGCUUACAAAUAUUUCUCAUGUACUUGACGAUUAGAAAUUUGAAUUUGCAAACGAACACAUGUAUACACUCAAAGAUAGUGCACAUUUAUUAUUAUAAAAAGAACACAACAUCCAAGUUACUUCGUAUAUUUGUGAUAACAACAAACACACAGACUACAAAUUACCGUUUUUUAAUACACAUACAUAAAUAAAUCAAAGAACAAUACAACAGACCAACUUGUGUUCUGUAAAUCGAUAACAUGGAGAAUAAAAAUUUUAUUGGUGA